GUUUGGCUGAUCUAUAUGGGAAAUAUUGUCACAUCUGUAGUUUCUUUUGAAUAUGGGAGUUGGUUCACAUGGUUCAUGUACAAUGUAUAGAGCAGACAGGGAAUUUUAGUUGACAUGUACCAAGGACUUGAUCAACGUGAAUGUAUCUUGCUCUAUGUAGCUGAAACAUUGGAAGAAAAAUCGACAGGAUUGUGAUAUUUUGGGGUUCGAGAAAUUUCGAUAUCAGCUCCCAUGACAACCAAUAUUAAAUAUGAAACACCGGUCAUCGAAGCACGUUGAUUUCAAGGACUAUAAAGUUGCUGCAUUCUUUACCAUUGUAACGUGUGUUAGCGUCUUUGCUAACAAGCCUUACAGUCCAUGCAUCUCGAACACGAAGAACCAUAAUUGCUCAUGUACGACAAGCCCGCCCUCACUUCCAUCAAGUCCAUCAUUUUGUAUGAAGUGCUGUCCAGUAAAGAACCUGUCCGAGUUUGGAGCCACCAUCCAUUCAGUUUCAGCUAGCUGGUCACCGCCCGGGUUACCGCCAUCCUGUGGGAUGUACUCUUUUUAUCAUGUGACCUGUUCAAAUGGAUCAGAUGUUAUAACCCAGGAAACCCUUGAUGUCCAAGAGACAAUGUUCAAUUGUACCAGUCUAUUGCCUGAAAUGUGUGUCAACAUAACAGUCACAACAUUGUGUGGUAGUAGUGAGAGUGAACCAAGAUCGAUCACAGCUUGCACUCCUCCUCCUCCUACUACUUCUCCUCUACCUCCACCCUGCAAGUAUUUUUGUAAGAUGUGUCCUGUCAUCCAGUGGAUGUUAGUCUCUUUACUCUGCUCUAACACGUUGGGUUGGAUCUCUGUUGCUCUCAUCUAUAACUUCAACAAACCCACAAAGACAGAUCCAUACAUCCAGAACACUCCAACGGAUCAUCAAGACAUCACUCUAACCCAGAGGGAAAGUCAACUUUCUUCACGAGGAUCUACGCAAGAUGAGGACACAAAGAUAUCGGAGAACCAACCAAGUAAUUCUAUGUCGUACGAAAAUCUGUCGUGCGAUAUACCAGAAGGUCCAACGGUUGACACUGUUCUAAUUUGAUACAAAUACCAAAACAUUGAACUUACGUCGAUGCCAUUCAUGCUCAUACAUAACAAUGCAAUUUCUAGCUUUCAAUGAUACUCUUUUUGGGGGGGGGUGCAAUGGUUUAUGGCUGAAAUGAAUCAACAGACCAAAUUUCAUUAGUGGGAACAACAACAACAAAAAUAUACUUUUAAGUAUUCUUCUUUAUUUACUUUCUAAUUUUACUUAACAAAUAUCUUUUUGCUUGCCAUUGUGCUGCCAUUAUCAUGAAUCAUGAAAGAGAUUCGUUAACAAAAGUAGCUUAUAUAGCAACAAUAAGUUGAAUUUAUACCUUGACGAAUGUGUAUAUCUAGAUGUAAAGAAGAUUCUGUUUACAGUACUUGGUUUCUAUGUUGACAAAUGAAUGUGAAUGCUUCCUGACACUCCAUUCCUUUCUGAGAUAUGUUUGGUCCUGAUAUACUCAACAUUUGGUCAAAUAUAAUUGUGUUAGUUAAUAAUAUUAUGAUUGGUGAGAUAAGGUGUGUUGAACACUAUUGCUGAAAAGGCUAAUACACAAGUGAAAUGCAUAAAAGACAUAUGAAUGCAACUAAAAGACAACAGGCUUUUUUUACGAGAAUAAAAAAGAAUAAGAUACCUGGUGCCCGUGAAGCUUCCAAACUGAUCAUCAUUCUGUUUCAAUUAACCAUUUAUGCAUAUGUAUUUUUAAAAUGAUAUUAUCCAUAGAGUACAUCCAGGGUUCCCACAGAAAUUUGAAAACAGAAUUCAAUGUCUUUUCUAUGACUAAAUUGCUUCUUUCCAUGACUUCCCGUGACGUCUCGGGAAUUAUGUAUUGGAUGUCA